UGUGAGACAAAUGCUGUUGUUAACAUUUGCUGACUAUAUAUAUAAAAAAAAAAAAGGAAAAAAAAAGAAAUUCCCUGUGUCUUUUAAUUAAUUAGUACAACAGAUGAAAACGUGGUCCAGUCUACCGAUUGAAGUUUGCGAACAAGUGUUUGAGCAAAUUGCUUCAUGUGGAAAACGAGAUUUACAGCAAUGCUGUCUAACUAGUAGAGGUUGGAAUAAUACUGCUCAGAAAUAUAUGUAUAAACACAUAAAUUACGGUGGCAUGUCCAAAGACAAACGAUUAAAAUUACUACGAACCCUUUCCACACAUUUCGAACUGGGGAAGUACACCAAAAGUAUUGAUUUAGGCAUGCCUUGGGAGGAGUCUUUUGACGCUUUACCGGCUUUGUUUCCCAAUGUUGAAUUGUUGGCGGGAAAUAUCAUGACGACUGAAUUUUGGUCAUUUAUGGGGAAUGAAUACCUUAACGGAAAAUGGACAAGUAUAAAACAGCUACCCAACUUUAAACCAGAGCAUAUACAGGAAUAUCUGGAAGUAGCCUUCUUGCACACCAACACUUUAGAAUCCAUUCAAGCGCAAUUUUACCCAAACGGUGAUGCACUUUCAGCACACGGGGAUGUGCUCAGACGAAGUUUGCCACAGUUUGUCCAUCUAAAAACGUUGAAUAUAGAAUAUCACCACGUUGAGCCCAAUGAUGUUAUAAAUGAAAGCUCUUACAGUUUGACAGAUCCAAUUCAGUUCGAUCAGAUUGUGGAAGGAUGUGGUAACACAUUAACCAAGAUAUCAUGUCAAAUUUAUGUAAAGAGUCUCAAUCAACACCGUGUUUCACCAAACAUUUUAUUUUCUGGAUCUGAUUUAACAAACGUAAUCCAAAGGCCCCUUAUAAAGCACUUCUAUGGGCAACACUUUUUAUACACAAAAAACUGUACUGCCUAUUUUAUGCAUAAAUUCCCAAAACUUGAUCAUUUUGAAGCUACGCAAAUACUAACAGAGCUGCAUCUUUCGGACAAUGACUUUGCACAAUUCUUUGAAUUCACGGGGAAAAUCCGCAAAUUUUGUAUUGGAGGUGAAUUUGCAACAAAUGCCAAUUUACAAAGAGUUUUACGGUUAUUUCUGGCGUCGAGUAAUUUUCCUGAAAUAGCUGUUCACCUGCAAUAUAAUAGUGAGAGAAGUAGUAAUAGUACAACUGACGAUGCGUUAACUAUUUCAGCACCCAGCAAGCUUUUAACAACCGAAGCUUGGGCAGGUGGAGGCAGCAGCUUAUUCAUUUUAAUCAAGUUUAAAAAUACCAUUGAUUCUGAAAUCCGUCACAAUAACAUCUUGGAUUUAUACGGGACAAAAAUCAAGCAAUUACGCUUUGAUUCCCGACAUAAUUUUGGGCCCUUUUUUCCUGGUGAUUAUCUGGAUGACUCUGAACUCGACACUUGUAAAGAAUCAGAUGAUGUGACUUUGCUAAGUCUAAACAAGAUAUUACAAUCUUGUGUCCAUUUGGAGACACUGUCCUUGUACGGUAUCUCGAUCCCAGCCUUUGACAACGACACGGAGACAAACAUAUCUAUAAAGAAACUAGAGUUGAUCAUGGCAGUUAUUCAGUAUGACACUGUUCUACCCCAGAUUGCGACAAAACUUCCGAAUUUGGUAUCCUUAAGUAUUGAAGACAGUUUGUUUUGUAAUGAACUAGAAAGGACAGGGACAAAUGUGAUACGCAUCAACAUGUCGAAUACUUGUCUUGACGAUAUUUUGUGGGGAACCUAUAGCCCUGAAGUCCUAGUUAUUGGUCUCAGGCUUUGUAUAGAUGGUGUAUCAUAUAGUGGCUACUUUGAUGUAAAAGGAGAGCCUGUACACCAAGAUACAUUCUUUGAAACUUACGAGACAAAUUCUGUGUUUUUGGAUAUCAGCUGUAAAUAUCUGCGCCGUUUAUCCCUGAGACUUUUUUAUAGACCUCUUAUUGUAUUUGACAUUCCCACUUUAAUGUCAGAAUUCUUUUAAAAUUACCCCAAAUAUAUGAAUAAAAACCUGUGAAGGAGGAUCAAGUUUGAUCAGCGUCG